AUGAAAACGAGAAUAAAAAUAUUUUUUAUAUUUUUUAUCUUCAUUAAAUAUGUUAGCAGUAAAGCAGACCAUAUAAUUCAUGAAAAACUAACAAAGUUUGUUUUUUUAAGUUGCAAUUAUCAGAAAUCAAAGAAAAAUGAAAAAUUACUAGAAUCAAUUGAAAAAAUUAAACCACAACUUAUGCUAUGGAUAGGAGAUUAUUUUUAUUCAGAUUGUAGUGAAUUAAGGUGUUUAGAUGAAGCAUAUAAUUACAUAAAAAAAGAUCCAUUCUAUAUAAGUUUAAAAGAAAAAUUUCUUAUAGAUGGUAUAUAUGAUGAUCACGAUUAUAACAAAAACAAUGGGGAUAGGUUUUAUAAGUAUAAAGAAGAAAGUAAACAAAAAUUUUUAGAUUACUUAAAUGUAGAUAAAAAUGAUGUAAGAUAUAAAAGAAAUGGGGCAUAUGUAUCUAAGUUAUAUAUUGACCCAGAUAAUGAAAAAAAUCAAGCAAAAAUAAUUAUAUUAGAUACAAGAUAUAAUAAAGAUCCAUAUCCUUUUUAUGCUCCUGAUUCAUAUAAUGAUUUUUUUAUGUGUAUAUUAAUUUCUUUUCUUGCUCGCUUUCAUUCUUCAAUAUUUGGAUUACAUUGUAAUAGUAAAAAUGAUAUUUUAGGAAAUGAACAGUGGAAAUGGCUAGAAAAUGAAUUGACUAAUUCAGAUGCCCGAACUCAUAUUAUUAUUUCAUCUACACAAAUUUUUUCAAAUCAUGUAAUAAAUGAAAAUUGGGGUUUAAUGCCUUAUUCUCUUAGACGAUUAAAACAGUUAAUCAAAAAAACUAAACCAAAAGGUUUAAUUUUUUUAAGUGGAGACGUUCAUUUUAGUAGUAUUAUUGGAAACGAAGAUAAUAUAGUUGAAGUAACUAGCAGUAGUGUAAAUCAAGAAAAUGUUUUUAGUUAUCUAAAUAAAUAUUUUAUUUAUUUUUUUUCAAGUAUUAUAAAUAAAAGAAGUGCUUUUGAACUAAAGAAUAUAUAUGCAUUUAAUAAUUUUGGUACAGUUAAUAUCAACUAUAUAGAUGAUGAUGAGAUAAGAAUUAAAACCUCUGUAAAUGAUUCUGAUGGUAAAGAAGUUUUAGUAGCUAACCAAAUUUUUAACAAAAAAAAAAAUAUAUAUGAAAAAUCAGAUAAACUUCAUGUAAUUAAUGAUGAAUUUGGUACUUUUAUGUGUAAAGGAAAAGUAAAAACAUUUAUGCAUAUUAUUGUUUAUAUUUUAUUUAUAUUGUGGUUCAUUCAAAUACUAUUUAUUUUAUAUAAAUUAUUUGGAAUUGUUAAAGGUUCAAAAGUUCAUAAAAAGAAAGAAGUUUAA